UGAAAUUCUAGUGCAAUCCAAAACUACACUUUGUGGAAAAACCUUCAACAAGAAGAAUGUAAGAUUCACUCGAACUCAGAAAAACACAGAGAUCUGUCGAUGAGUGAAAGAAAGAAAUGGGUAAUCACAGAGUGUAUCAUCACCAUUCCAAAAACCUCUCCACAUCCAGAAAUAGGAAAUCAUCGUUCCUAUCAAUUACCCUGUACGUGAUUCUUCUCUUCGCCCUCUCAAUCUUCAUAUUCAAUCUCUUCAGCAGCAAUAAUGAUGUUUUCGAUGAUGAACACAACACGACGAUGCCUCUACUCAGAGUUGAGAAAUCCAAAUCGAAGCAGCUGUUGGAUCAUCGGCUUUGGGAACCUCCUUCUAGUCAGGGUUUGCAUGAAUGUGUUAAGCCAACCAGUAAAUAUAAUAAAGCUACACCAGUCUGGGAUCGCUAUAUGACUGUCCGAAGUAAUGGAGGAUUAAAUCAAAUGCGCACUGGGAUAGCUGACAUGGUGGCUGUGGCACGUAUAAUGAAUGCCACAUUAGUGAUUCCUCAGCUGGAUAAGAGUUCAUUUUGGCAGGAUUCUAGUACAUUCUCUAAUGUAUUCGAUGAACUUCAUUUCAUCGAAUCUUUACAAGAAGAUGUGAGGGUUGUGAAGGAGCUUCCUAAAGAAGUGGAAUCUCUACCUCGAGCAAGGAAGCACUUCACCUUGUGGUCUGGUGUGAGCUACUACGAGGAGAUGACACAACUGUGGAAGGAAUAUCAGGUAAUUCAUGUUGCAAAGUCAGAUUCUAGACUUGCAAACAAUGAUCUGCCAAUUGACAUACAAAGAUUGAGAUGCCGUGCUCUAUAUCACGCUCUUCGCUUUUCUCCUUCUAUUGAGAUACUGGGAAAGACGCUAGUGGAGCGGCUGAGGUCACGUGCUGAAAAAUAUAUUGCUCUUCACCUAAGAUAUGAGAAAGAUAUGCUGUCUUUUACUGGUUGUACAUAUGGCCUGACCGAUGUCGAAUCAGAGGAGCUCAGAAUAAUGAGGGAGAAAACAAGUCAUUGGAAAAUGAAGAAUAUUAACUCAACAGAACAGAGAAUUAAUGGUCUUUGUCCUUUAACUCCCAAGGAGGUCGGAAUUUUUCUUCAGGCUCUUGGUUACCCACCUUCUACAUUGAUUUAUAUCGCUGCUGGAGAAAUUUAUGGCGGCGACACACACCUAUCAGAGCUAACAUCUCGUUUUCCAAACAUCGUUUUCAAAGAAAUGCUUGCAUCGCAAGAAGAGCUGAAAAAGAUUUCCAGUCAUGCAUCGCAAACUGCAGCCCUCGAUUAUAUAAUCUCAAUUGAAAGUGAUAUUUUCAUCCCGUCACAUUCGGGGAAUAUGGCAAGAACUGUUGAAGGUCAUCGUCGAUUCUUGGGGCACCGAAAAACAAUCACUCCAGACAGGAAAGGCCUCGUCGAAUUAUUUGAUAAAUUGGAAGCUGGAAGGCUUCAAGUGUCAUCUUUGCCCCGCCAUGUGAAGCAGUUGCAUAGAAACAGGGUGGGCGCACCUCGGAGAAGAGGAGGUGCCCCUUCGGGAAUAAGGGGCAGAGCUAGAUUGAGGCUGGAGGAAUCUUUCUACCAAAACCCGUUUCCGGAAUGUAUUUGCAAUUCGCAAAGUGCAGUUAGGUGAAAUACAGUUUUUGAUCGACAAACGAGUACCAUAAAUACUACAAGUUCUUACUAUGGCUGGAGUUCUCAUCCAUCCAACUAUUUUUUGCUAUUUGCUCUUAUAGGUUUUUUUACGUCCCUAGACUUUUUUUUUUCGUUUUUUUUAAAUGUAUUUAUUUAUAAUAGCUGGCGAUUAGCCCUCUAUAUUUAUCUUGCUACUUAAUUCCGAAUUAUUGUCUAUAAUUAUUUGGAUUUGUAUACAUAUAAAUGUGAUGAAAACCAGUCUUGCUUUGAGUUGAGAAUUAAAUGGUUUUCCAAUAG